ACAGUUGUUUUUCGUUCUGAUGAAAAGACAGAAGACAAGCAAGCCUGUGUUAGUAACAGUUCUGGUUCAACAUCUGAAGAUACUGCCAUCUUUGUGAUGAAUAACUAUUUUGGAAUUGGUAUUGAUGCUGAUUUAUGUCUAGAUUUUCAUAAUGCUAGAGAAGAAAAUCCAAAUAAAUUUAAUAGCAGACUUCAUAAUAAAAGUGUUUAUGUUAAAAUGGGUUUAAGAAAGAUGGUAAGUAAGAAAACAUGGAAAGAUUUACAGAGAGAAAUUAGACUUGAAGUUGAUGGGAAAGUUAUUGAUUUGCCUCCUGUAGAAGGAAUCAUUAUUCUUAAUAUUUUAAGUUGGGGAUCAGGUGCAAAUCCUUGGGGUCCAGAAAAAGAAGAUUUAUUUUCUAAACCAACUCAUUAUGAUGGCAUGUUGGAAAUUGUUGGGGUUACUGGAGUUGUACAUAUGGGACAGAUUCAAAGUGGUUUAAGAAGUGCCAUUCGUAUUGCACAGGGAGGUAGUGUAAGUAAAACAUUUGUAUUUCAUUAUGUUUUCAUUACAAUUUUUAUUUUUAAUUUGAUUAAAAAUUUACAUCUACAUAGUUAUAUAGUUUAUGAUGAUAGGAUUGAUAUUUGUAAAUUAAUUUCAAGAGAAUAUAUAUUUGUAGUAUUUAAUAAUUGAUCAUCAAAAAUCAUAGCUUAUAUUUUUGGAUUAAUUUAUUCAUAUUCCCUACUAAAUAUUUAUUAUUACAGGUCUCAGAGUCACUCAUUUUUUCUCACCUGUAUUCUCUUUUCUGAAGUAUCCUCACUUUUCUCACUUUUUGGUCAUUUCCACGUGCUUAAUUAGUAAGAUGUGGGACUAAUCAAAAAUAUUUUUAAAGCCAGACGAACUAUUGGACUAGAAGUUUCUGGAAGAAAAUAUAUUCGGCCUGAGCAGGACUCAAAACCACAACUGCUGCUCAGUGUUGUUAAAUUAUAGGAAACAAAAAUCCUUUCACAUACUGGGUCCGUACACACCUGGAAAGUC